UGUAUUGCGGUCAAAUGACAGUCCGCCAUUGCUUCUGAGCAAUUUCUGACUCAAUUUUUUCUAACAAUUAUUGUCGCGCAGAUCCACUCUUCUGAGAAGAGACACAGUUCUAAAUACGUCAACAAGAUUAAAAGUCAGGUCGCUCAUCGUGAUAUUCCCAUCGUAAUUAUCGAGAUUCGAGUAUCUCGCCAUGGGUCUCGCUUGUUCUACAGCGCAGCUCGCCUGCCUGUGUGGAAGUACAGCAUGCAGUUUUUGCUGUUCACAAUGUCCGACUUGCCGCAACAGCACCAGUGCGCGUAUCAUGUACGCGCUAUUGUUGAUGUUGGGUACCAUCGCAGCGUGCAUAACACUUGCCCCUAGUCUCCAAGAUACUCUGAAAAAAGUACCAUUUUGUACGAAUAGUUCCAACUACGUUCCCUCCUCGUUUACAAUAGACUGUGAAUCUGCGGUUGGUUAUUUGGCUGUCUAUCGAAUAUGCUUCAUUUUAUCACUCUUCUUCUUCCUGAUGUCAGCCAUAAUGAUACGGGUCAACAGUUCCAAGGAUCCUCGGGCUCCCAUACAAAAUGGCUUUUGGGCCAUAAAGUUUCUCCUUGUAAUUGGAGGAAUAAUUGGUGCGUUCUUCAUCCCCGAAGGCUCAUUCGGACCAACGUGGAUGUAUUUUGGCAUGAUCGGUGGCUUUUGCUUCAUAAUAAUUCAAUUGAUACUCAUUGUUGACUUUGCUCACUCUUGGGCAGAGGCGUGGGUCGGGAAUUAUGAAGAAACGGAGUCCAAAGGAUGGUAUGCAGCAUUGUUGAGUGCAACAUUCAUCAAUUAUGCUCUGUCCAUCACUGGAAUCGUUUUAUUGUACAUGUACUUCACCUUGCCCCACGACUGCGCUGUUCAUAAGUUCUUCAUCACGUUCAAUAUGAUUUUAUGCGUUAUCGUGAGUGCGGUAUCAAUAAUGCCAAAGGUACAGGAAUAUCAACCUCGUAGCGGACUUCUCCAGUCUUCAGUAGUAACACUUUACGUCAUGUAUUUGACUUGGAGCGGUGUUUCCAACAGUCCUGAUCGCGAGUGCAAUCCUGGAUUGUUCGAUAUAAUUGCCGGAAACGAUAUAAAGACUCAGAACGGUGUAGCGUUUGACAAGGAAAGCGUAAUUGGUUUGGUGAUUUGGUUUAGCUGCGUGUUGUACAGCUCGCUUCGCACCGCUUCAAAAUCCAACAGAAUAACGAUGACAGAAAAGGUUUUGGUGCAGGAGAAUGGUGCUGUCCGGAACACGGGAGACACGUCUCUCAUCAAUAAUGAAGACUAUGUUGCAGUUAAUGGACAUAACGGGGACGAAGAAUCAGGUGGUGAAGCCAAAGUAUGGGACAACGAGGAGGAUCAAGUCGCUUACAGCUGGAGCUUCUUCCAUCUCAUGUUUGCUCUUGCGACUCUCUACGUCAUGAUGACCCUUACCAAUUGGUACAAGCCCAAUUCGACACUGGAAACUUUGAAUUCCAACGCUGCAUCGAUGUGGGUGAAGAUCAUAUCCUCAUGGAUGUGCCUCUCGCUGUACAUUUGGUCGCUCGUAGCACCAGCUGUUUUUACAAACAGAGACUUCUCUUAAGUUCGUUCGAGUCUGGUCGCAGCUUCAAGUAUUGUUGAUGUACUGAAGAUUAAUCUCCAAAUAUAUAUAAACCCGACGAAUAUCUUCGACCACUGAAUCGUCGAUACUUAACGUAUAUCCUUAAAGUUUUGUGGUGCCUCCAAUUGAACAGUUAACCUUCGAAACUUUCGAUUCGCUGUAGACUUGUAUAUUUUUCUUUGAGUGUGUUAUCCAAAAUUUUUCGACGGGGAUGACAUUCAUUCAGAAAUUGCAUUUAAGCAUGAACAAAAACUUGCGCUCUGAGAAAUAAAGUACUGGAGGCAUAAAAUUUUCGAUUUAUGGAAUUCGCGUUAUUAUACCAAGUGACCUUUAAUUUCGUAACCGUUACGCGAACAUUAUUAUAUUCUCCUACAGUCCCGUGAUCUUUGGUGUUCAGAUCGCUGGUAAAUAUAUUCGUGCCGUGUAUUACGUAUGUUUAAAAUACGAUUCUGCAUACUUAGCUUUAGACAAAGAAAUAUUAUAUUUGUUUGUAACAUGCUCGUGUAUUAAACUAUGUACGUAAUCGA